AUUCUUUCACCAAAACACUCCACAUAAUGUGUACUUUCAAUACACAAAAAAUCAAUUUUUGUGUCAGGGGCACUUUAAACACUUGGCUUGGUAUCAAAUUGAACCAAAACAUAUCUGUCAACUUCACUGACAACCGGAAACAUCUGCCCACACUGCGGAAACUUCCAGGCGUAGCUUAGCGCAGCACAUUUUAAUGAGUUUAUCGUAUGAUUCGAGGUAGGUCAAAUCAGCGUUUAUCAGCGCGCACUGUAUGCUAAUUUUUCCGGAAAGCGCAUCCUAGAUCACUUUGGUAUUUCCCAUCUGAUAUAAAUGAUAUAUCGUGGAAGCUUUUAUAAAGUCAUUUUGUGGCCAACCUUUUGAACUGUUGGAUCAAAUAUCGUUUGAAUCGUGUUUAUGAGAGUGACCAACAAAAUCUAAUCUUCAAAAGAUAGUGAGUUUUAGCGUACGUUGUAUUCCCCAUAUAUUUGGCAUUGUUUAUGAAGCGUUUCGUCAUCCCAUAACGAGCAAUUAUCAUUCUCCGAAGGACUGGCUGGUACGUUGCCAAGGUCAUCGAUAAAAGUGGAAAUAUUGACUAUAACUUAUUCAGUUGGCUGGAAUCCCACGUUGUCAGGAUUGUUCGCGAAGCGAAACUGAAAAAAAUUUCAAUUCUUGAAAGACAAGUGCGCCUUUCGUCAGAUAUUAUUGUUGUGGAUUAACUAUACGCUUUAUUCGUUCUUUAAUUCCUGUUCAUAUCACUGGUAUUCAGAACUGAACUACUCCGUGUUUACAGUGCGUCAACGAUCCUUGGUAUUUCAGAACUUCGUUCACUUUGUUUACACGCUGUGUAGUUGGUCAAAAACACGACAAAACAUAAUAUAUACUUUACCCGCUUUAUUCCUUUUGUAAUCCUUUUGGUAUACAUCGAAAGAUCUCCUCCUUGUUGGUGAAACAUCAUUGGUUUCUACUCUUUUGAUAUUAUACAUUUCUCGCAAUGUUUUCGUCUGGCAUUUCAACGGACAAUUUAUUCGACGAACAGUUCUGCGCGCAAGAUUUACGCAGUAAAAUCAGCCACACAUUCACAACAGGAUUCAUGUCUGAUAUCGAAUUCAUAGUCGGUCAAGGAGAGAAUGAGAAAACUUACCCCGCACAUCGAUAUAUACUUGGAAUCAGUAGUGCUGUAUUUCAUGCCAUGUUUUAUGGCACUUUAGCUGAACUUGGGCAAAAGGUCUGUACAACUUAUUUAUACUAAAUAGCUCUCUCAGUUCUAAACUGUUGACAAGAGUCGUCUCUUUACUCUCUUAUUGAUUCGGAGUCACUACAGGAAGAAACCUAAAGUAAACUAACUUUAUUUAUUUAUUUAUUUAUACUCGAUAACUGCAUCAGUUCUAAACCGUUCUCCGUAGAUGUUCAGUUAGCAUCAUAUCUUGCUGACCCAGUGUUACUACAGGAGAAAACCUAAACUAAACUGAAUAGCUCUAUCAGUUCUAAAUUGUUCUCCCUAUAGGUCCAGUAAGAUUCCUCUUAUUGAUCCAGUGUUACUACAGGAGGAAACCUAAACUAAAGUAACUUUAUUUAUAUCAGUUCUAAACUGUUAUCCCUAGAUUGUCGAUUGAUCUUACAAUCUGAAAUUAUCAUUUAGGUUUCAAUUCCUGAUGCAGACCCGGAAGCGUUUGGUGAAUUCCUACGGUAUCUGUAUACUGAAGAUUGCAGUGUUACUGCAGAAAAUGUCAUGAAUAUAAUCUACUUGGCAACCAAAUACAUCGUCCCGACUUUAAUGAAAAAGUGCGUGCGAUUUUUAAGGAAAAAGGUCACUCCAGAGAGCGCAUUUGAAGUCCUGAGUCAAGCCAUACAUUUUUGUGCGGACGGUUUGGAAGAGAACUGUUGGAGUGUUAUAGACAUGGAAUGUAGCCAAGCCUUGAAGUCGGAAGCGUUUUUGACAAUUGAACAUUCGCUUUUGUGUGAACUAUUGUCGCGAGAGACUCUCAAUGUGAAGGAAAUUGACUUGUUUAGUGCGGUGUUGAAAUGGGCGCAGUUUCAAUGCGAAAAACAAGGACGUAAAGACAGCGUUGAAAGUUGUCGCGAACUUUUAGGCAGUGCUAUCAACUUGCUUCGUUUCCCCACGAUGGCCUUAGAAGAAUUUGCAAGUACUGUAGUUCACGAGUCCAAAAUUCUACCCCAAGAAGAUAUUAUCAAUAUUUUUCUCUUGUUCAGCGGUCAAAAACCGAGCGAGGAGUCCACGAAGUUUUCGUGUAAACCACGCAGACAUUGGGCGGGCAAGUCACGCGUUUCGCGAUUUAGCCCGCAAAAGAUUAUCCGCCCGAAGCGUGCGGGCAAAGGCUGGUGCUAUGUGAACAAUACAUUAGAUGCUCUGUGCUUUAAAGUUUCCCAGCCUGUUUUUAUACAUGGAGUACGAGCUUUUGGAGAUGAUGACAGAAGCAUUUACAGACUGAAAGUUAAUUUACUCCAAGGAAGUAGAGAGCUGUCUUCAAAUGCAGGCGAAUUUAAAUCCGAAGCUGAUGAGAACGAACUUAACCCGACAGGCUUUGAUGUGAUUUUCCCAGAGCCAAUCAAACUCGAGGCGGAGAUAGUGUACACGCUGACAGGCAGUUUCAGUGGGCCGCAAUCUUUCUAUGGACAGGGGGGCGAGAAAGUCAUAGUAUUGGAAGGGGUGGAGUUUAUGUUUUGCAGCAGUGAGCAAUCAAAUAAUGGCACAUCAGUGUUUCAUGGUCAGUUUCCACAGAUUAUAUUUUCAAAGGAAUAAAUGAACUAUUAAUAUUUGUAUAUUCGUGGCUUUUGAUAAGCGUUACAGGGCGAUAGAUUGGUGGUCCACUUUAGAUAUGUGGGACAAUUUUUGGAGCAGGAAAUUAAACUAAAUCUCCUGGGGCCAGUUGUUCAAAAGCCGAUUAGCUUUACCCUAGGUUAACUUAAAAUUCAAAGUACACUUCCUAACAGCUUGUUUUUAAAUUUGGAAACAUUUCUUCACAAAUCAUGUCUGGAUUAAUAGGAGUUUUCUUUUCUGCCAUUUUGAAAUAAAUGGUCAUGCAGAAAUAUGCAAACUAAGACAGCGGGUUAAAUUUUAACCCUGGAUUAGCGUUAAUCCACCUUUGAACAACCGGCCCCUGGGGUUGGAUUAGCGAUGACCUUGGGUUAAGAUUUAACCUUCGAAUUGAUAGGAUGCAACAACCUGAAAAAUACCCUACAAUCGAAAGCUUUCUUAUUUUUGCCACUUCCUACACUGGCACAAACAGUUUAAAGUGCAUAUGACAUGAAAUUUCUUAUUUUCUUAAAUGAAAGAACUCUUUAAGUUGUAGUGUAACUUAUUUUUCAGUUUCUUGUUUUUAUGGUUUGUUCCCGAGAUAUUUCAAUUUGUUUGAUAUGUAAAUGAGUAUGAAUAUGUCCGCUAAUUUAUGACGUCAUGUUGGUUGCAAGCUCUUCAAAAUGGUUGAAUAUCACUGCUAUUAUCCAAGAUGAUAAUUUCAAACUUCAUAUUCACACUCAUUUACAUAUCAAACAAAUUGAAAUAUCUUGGAAACAAACCAUAAAAACAAGAAAAAUAAGAAAUUUUAUGUCAUAUGCACUUUAAGAUUUAAACCUGUUGUUUUGGUGUCUGCAUGUUUGUCUAUUUCAAAACCUUGAGCAUAAAAUAGAACUUCCGUUGAUCCAGACAAAAUUUCGGGGGGAAAUAUUUCCAUAUUUAUAAACAAGCUGUUAGCAAGUUUGCUUUGAAGAUAAAGGAUUAAGCUAACUGGUUUUUGAACAACCCGGCCCUGAAUUACUAUUUUCUCACUCUGAUAACUGCUGGUUGACCACCAUCUGUGGCAGAUAAUAUACUCAUGGACAGUUAACCUAUUGAUUGUAGGUGUAUUAAUUUAACAGAAUUUCAGUAUUUGUAAAUAAUCAUAUUUGUAUAUAUUUCUAUUUAACUAUAUUCAUAUACAUUGUCAUUGAUGUAAGAGCUAUGACGUUAUUAUUAAAAUUAUUAAUGCAAUCAUUUACCUCUGCGAUCCUGGGUUCGAUUCUCGCUGCGGGCUCAUGACACUUGUGUGAAAAAUGUCAGUCAAUGCUCUGCCAAAAGUCUUUUCAAAAGGUUUUUUCUGUGUGCUCCGAUU